CCCUGUGGGGACCUCCACUCCAGCAUGUACCUUAGUGAGGAGGAUGGAGGGACACAGACAGGAGGAGUGAGGCACAGGUGCCGCUGACGUCAUGACGCCUCUUGACAGCUGGGCUGUGUGAGCUGUUCAUGGUGUUUGGCUAACGUGCAGGGGAUCGCCACUCUGUGCUCUCACCGGAGAGCCUCUCCUACAAACCAUGGUGGCCAAGCAGAGGAUCCGAAUGGCUAAUGAAAAGCACAGCAAGAACAUCACCCAAAGAGGCAACGUGGCCAAGACCCUGAGGCCGCAAGAAGAAAAAUACCCUGUAGGACCUUGGCUUCUGGCACUGUUUGUGUUUGUUGUUUGUGGAUCAGCAAUUUUUCAAAUAAUCCAGAGCAUCAGGAUGGGCAUGUGAGAAUGAGGAGAGCCCGGACACUUGCCUUACAUCAGCAGUCAUAAUGGACAAAGCCACAGCUGUGAAUCGGUGGAAACCUCGAGAACCCAUCAUUAAUUUGUGCCUACAGAGUUUACCUUGAAGAAAAGAUGGAAGCUCAUGGUUUCAAUCUUGGUGCAUUAACACUUCAGGUUCUGCUCCAAGAAAGGACUUUUUUUUCUAUAUACUCAUCAGCUGAACCACAUUGGUUGACUCUGUUUUAUUUUUUAUGUUUUAAAAAAAAAUCUGUUUACAAGACAUGGAUGCCAUUGUGCGAAAGCAAAAAUUGUUUGGUCUGGAUGUUACAUUGGAGCCAUUAGUGUUGU